AUGAACGCUAUAGACUCUGAAAGAUUUUUCUGGGGCGCUCCAACUUCGAACGCCAACUUCUGUGAGACGGACUACGCCGUGAGCAGAUACAUCGCCGAGUUUGUCAACAGCUUGACAAAUGUCGUCUACAUAAUCUACGGCAUCUACGGGUUACGCCACCUACGACGGAAAGCGAACAAGCAUGGUGAUUCUUUACGUGUCCUUCCCUACUGGGGCUUAAUAGCAGUGGGUCUAUGCUCGUUUGCAUUCCAUGUCAGCCUUAAGUAUCACACUCAAAUGAUGGACGACCUUUCCAUGCAUUUUGCCACAACCCCAGUCCUACAUCGUCUUUUGACAGCCAGUUCUAAUCGCCGAGACUUUAUCGUCAUUUCUGUAGUACUGGGUGCCAUGUUAGUGUUUUUAAUAACAUUCCAUAUGAUGACGGAUGAGCUGGUCCUCCACUCCGUGUCAUUCGUCGGUACGAUAACUGUCAUUGGGGUUUACACGAUACGGCUCGUGAAAAGCCGGACGCCACCGGACUCAGCUGCCCGGCGAAGGAUCUGGGGAAUGGUUAGGUUUGGAGCAGCGAUUUUCAACCUUGGGUAUUGGCUUUGGCUGGUUGAUCAGUGGGCCUGCGGAUUCUUGACAAAAGUGCGAGAAGAAAUAGGUCUUCCAUGGGCUUUCCUAUUAGAGCUUCACGGGUGGUGGCAUAUCUGUACUGGAAUAGGGGCCUAUAUCUUUAUCGCUGUUGUAGAUCACCUGGUCUCUGGUGAGGAGCUAAGGGAUAACCAGCAGUCAUUCGCCUGGCCUGCUUCCUGGGCGUCAAGAUCAAUUUUUGCAGGACGAGGACCGUCCGUGGACAAGAAGGUUAGCGAGAAACAAAAGUGA